ACCUCUCCGGGCUGGCUCCGCCCCCGGCUCCGGGGCCUUGCUCCCGCGCAGGCGCCCUAGGCCUGCAGCGGCGCUCGCCCGCUCGGUGGUCCUCCGCGCGGGGUGCUGCCAUGGUGCCGCCGCCGCUGUCGCCGCCUCUCUGCACGCUGCCGCCGGGUCCCGGGCCCCCGCGCUUCGUGUGCUAUUGCGAGGGGGAAGGCAGCGAGGACGGAGGCCCCGGCGACUUCAACCUCUACGUGACGGACGCCGCGGAGCUUUGGAGCACCUGCUUCACGCCAGACAGCCUGGCGGCUCUGAAAGCCCGUUUUGGCCUGAGUACGGCUGAGGAUAUCACGCCCCGGUUCAGGGCAGCCUGCGAGCAGCAAGCUGUGACUUUCACCCUGCAGGAGGACAGAGCAUCCCUAACCCUUUCAGGGGGGCCCUCGGCACUGGAUUUUGACCUCCGCAAGGUGCCAGCCCCAGAGGCAGCCUCCAGGUUGCAGGCACUGACCCUGAGACUGGCAGACCAAGUGUGCACCUUGAAGAGGCAGCUGGAAGCUGUGCAAGUGACAGGUGCCAGCCCCAGAAAGAGCCCUUGUCUGGUGGCACCCCAGCUCUUCUUACCAGACCCAGAUCCUCAGAGAGGUGGCCCUGGACUCGGGACCAGGAGGCGGUGUCCAGGAGAGUCCCUCAUCAACCCGGGCUUCAAGAGUAAGAAACCAGCCGGUGGUGUAGACUUUGAGAGCCCCUGAAGGUGCAGCAGAGUGAGCCUGCCAGGACUCUGCCUGUGAGGUGGGGACAGCCUCUGAGACCCCACAAUCCCCACCUGCCCAUCCUGCUGCGGGUUGGGAACACACUUGCUCCUCAAACCGCUUCUCCGUCAAAUAAAUGCUUCCUCAGAGGGAGGAACCAGCCACA